AUGCCUACCUGGAGUAAAAUCUAUCAUGGCAAAACUGUAACCACUGUGGAACCAUUUUUGAUAAAAGCACAGGCAAUCGAUUCUGAUAGUAAACAGGGACUAACAGAUAUUUAUUUCGCGAUCGUCGAUAAGGCGCAUAGACUGCCAACUUGGAACAACUAUCCAUUCCCAGAACAGACGAUAUCGGAAAAUGUGGGGUUGAAUACGAUUGUUUUCAGAGUAAAGGCCACAGCUCAUUCCACUUCUUCUUCCAUCACGUACUCAAUUGUUAGUGGAUUGACACCAGCCACCAACUUACUUGAAAACUUUUCUAUCAACCCCGCCGAAGGAGAAGUUAAAGUUGAUAGCAAAUUAGACUUUGAGUCAGUUCAAAGCUACAAACUAAAGAUCAUUGCCUGUGACGCUGCACCAACCCCAAACUGUAACGACAUGGAAGUCACCGUGAAAGUAGUAGAUUUCAACGACAAUGAGCCCAAGUUCCUCGUUGAGGGCAGUUUGUCAGUAAAUAUUGUGGAAGGGCCUGUGACAGACGAUGGAAUUUUACAACUGGAAGCACGUGAUUUAGACAUUAGCUCUGGAGAAGUGACUUACUCGAUCUCCUGUGGUAAACUUGUUGAUUGCAGUUUGUUUUACAUGCGUGGCAGUUUACUUAAGACGAAAGAAACAGCUUUUGAUAGGGAGAGGAAAACCGAGUAUCAUCGGGAAAUUAAAGCCGAGGAUUACUCACCAAAAAGAGAGAGGGGUGGGGGAGGGGAAAGGGGCCGAAAGAGCCCACACUACUUUGUCGAUAUCCAUUAUUUAGAUAAAGUUGAGCAUCUUAUCUUGGGAGGUACAAAUAUUGGUGCAGGGACGUUUGCUUACAGACACGGGAAAUUCAUCGUCGACUCUGAAACUGGAUUCAUAACAUUGUCUAGCAAACUUGACUUUGAAGAUGUCCAAUCCUAUCAACUGACAUAUGCCGCCACUGACGGUGUUCACGAGGUAACUACGUCACUGAUUAUCAACGUUACUAAUAUCAACGACGAAGCGCCAAAGUUCUCGCAACAAAUGUACAAUGCGUCUGUCAUUGAGGACACAGUUUACACAGAAAAAAUAUUAUUUACGGUCCAAGCAGUGGAGAAAAUUGACCCAUUUGGCAGUAUUGUUUUUUCCCUCUAUGGAGUACCAGAUGGAGUUUUUUCAAUAGAUAGUUCAACCGGAGAUUUUAAAGUUAACGGUCAGUUAGACCACGAACACAAAAGUGAAUGGAAAUUCUUGGUGGUGGCAACGGAUGGUGAUGGAGCCGGUUUAUCGUCUGCAGUUGAUAUCGUCAUACACGUGCAAGAUAUCAACGACAAUGUACCAAUGUUUCUAAACCCAAAAUACAUUGGUGAAAUAUAUGAAGGCAGACCCGUAGGAACAUUUGUGACGAGAAUAUCUGCUACAGAUGCUGACGAAGGUGAAUACGCUAGCCUAGUGUAUUCUCUCGCCUCAUCACCUCCAGAUGACGUCAUUUUACAAGAUGCUUUAAGUGGUUUAAGUCUGUUCAAUGUAGAGCCAUCUGGUGACAUCAGUGCACUGGGCGUCUUUGAUCGAGAGGUGAACAGCAAGUACUUGAUCGAAGUUAUUGCAACUGAUAUAGAAUCAAAUGCAACAGGGUCUUGUACAGUAACAAUCAACGUUUUGGAUCUUGACGACAACAAACCAACGUUAGUUGAAGACACAUUUAGCACUAUAAUAUCAGAAAGAGUUGACAUUGGUUAUAACGUUGCCAACAUUUACGCUCAUGAUAAAGACAUUGGUGAGAACGCACAGGUUUCAUUCUCCAUCGUUAAGGACGACGCUUCUUCCUUUUUCGUCGACGUAAAUCCUGUCAACAAACAAAACGGAAUUAUCCGAGUAAAGAAGAAUCUAGACUAUCAAAUAAAGAGUGUUCACAACAUAUCAAUUGACGUGACUCAGGCGGAGACCACACUCAGAGUGAAUGUAAUGGUUAGACUUACUGAUGUCAACGAUUACAUUCCGAAAUUCGCCGAAAGGAGCUGGAAUAUUUCUGUUUCCGAGAACACCCAGAUUCAUUCUAUUCUAUUACAUGUGACAGCAACCGAUUCAGAUCCUGGAUUUAAUGGAGUCAUCCGGUAUUACAUUUCCAGCUUCGGUACCUCAUCAGAAAUGUUUGCUAUUCAUCCUGUAAAUGGCAGUCUCUAUUUAAAAGAAGAACUCGACAGAGAGGAGAAAGAUAGUCAUAUAAUUAUCAUAGUAGCAACAGACCAAGGUUCACCUUCACUUUCGACAACUACCACAGUGAAUAUACAGGUGACAGAUGUUAAUGACAAUAGUCCAUUAUUGACCAUACAACGCAAGAUUGUCGUCUCAGAAACAGCGACCCCACCCUACGAAGUGGUCCGAAUUGAAGCGAUAGACUUUGACGCUCCACCUAAUCAAGGUCCAUUCUCAUUUGAAUUAGUUUGCUCCGAUGAUGACGGUGUCUGCAGCUACUUCGCCCUCAUCGACCAACAUGAUAAUACAUCGAUACUAUGCACUAAGACACGCUUAGAUUCAACAAUCAAAAGCGAGUAUACCAUAAAAGUUAGAAUACAAGACAGUGGCGAUCCUCCACAAUUCUCCAUUGACUCCUUUACAGUAGCAAUAACACCAGCAGAUUCUGAUAGUAGUAUAAAUAUUAUUAUCGGAACAUGCACCGCCGGCGGAGUAGGCUUUAUUCUUCUUUUAUGUGGGUGUUGUCUGCUAAUUCACAAACAACGAAAACGUUGUUCUUUAAGGAAAUCGUAUGAUGUGGCAGGCCAUAAUCUAACGUACCAAUCAUUUACACUGGGACUCAGAGGAGGUCUUUUACGAGUAGGUAAUGCUAAUGAAGUGGAAAUGCACCGUCGUAAGCUAGCUCGGCGCUCACUUUCCGAAAGCGAUCAUGGAAUGCAUGGACAGAACAGCUUCGGCAUGGAAAUAAAUAACAUGUGUUUAUCGGAUGAUAAGCUUACAACGUUAUGCGAAGAAAAUGAAUAUAUAGACAGAGACUUAUAUCGCUCCGACAGCUCUUUAGAUAUGGUGUCGACUUUGUCUUUUUCGGUUGAGACUAAAACAUCAAAAUGGGUUGAUGAGAACCGAGCAAGAACGCUGCGUCAACAUAUGACGGAUUACAGCCAGCCAGCUCCCGUAUUUACAUUCCGCACCCAACAUAGGGUUUUUACGCCCACAUACGUGUGAACGCUCCUCAACGAGAAACUAUAAACAUUAGUAGACAUUUUUCAUAGCUUCGAAGACAAUAAUUCAUGAUAAUACUAAACGUAUCGAGUUAACCUUAGUCAUGACAUACUGCCGAACUUCCAUGGCUUAGAAUGGAUGUAUUGAAUGAAAAUUCGACGACUGCGGAUUUAUAACGAAUGUAUCAAUGUUGUUUUUGUUCUUUAGUAGUGUAAUGAUUUAUCGAGUGUAAAUAUCAAAGAAAAAUAGUUCAUAAAAUUGUAUAUAUUGAUUUAGAUAUUUAAAAGAAUAAAUACUGAAAUAAUUUUGUUAAAAA